AUUCCAUGGAUCAGAACCCCGAUGAGCCCUCGAAGCAGCGGCUGCUUCGGGCACUUAUGGAUGUUCAACGUCGUCGCUUACGAGGUGCUGGAACGCCGCCACGAGGACUCACUCCACCGCCGCCGAUAGAGAUGGCCAAGACACAAGCUGACGAGAAGGAGAAGGAAGUGCCGAAAGAGAAACCAAAGGCGACCACACCACCACCGGCGACCACACCAGAAAGGUCACAUCCUGCAACACUUUCAAAGAAGACUAUAACGCAAACGUCGUCGCGAAGAAAAAGUUCAGCGACACCGAAAAAGGUGCCUAAAAAGAAAGUGCCUAUCAAACGUGAAGUUUUGGCCGAAGGAGACACUGUGCAAAGCGAGGCAUUUACUUGGAGAGUUAUCAAGCUUCUCGGUUCUGGUGGUUUUGGGGAUGUCUAUAAAGUUGCAAAGCAUAAUGAUCCUGAUAAAACAGAAUCCGCUAUGAAGACAGAAAUGGUACUUGGAGACCGGAGAUUGUUGCGAUUGAAAAUAGAAGUGAUGGUUUUGAUGAAAUGCCAUGAACAGACAGAUCCCAACCAUAAACAGCACUUCGUAGCUUUCGUAGAUCGAGGAAAAACAGCAAAAUUCAAGUUUCUUGUCAUGGGUUUGGUUGGAAAGUCUCUGGAAGAUAUUCGAAGAGAUAUACUCGGUCAUAACUAUAGCAGAUCAACAGUAAUACAGUGUAGUCUACAAACAUUAGCAGCUGUACAAGAUUUACAUGGUCUGGGCUAUUUACACAGAGAUAUCAAGCCACAAAAUUACGCAGUAGGCCUUGGCGAAAAACAAAAUACAGUCUAUAUGCUUGAUUUCGGUAUAGCUCGUAAAUUCACUGUAGGAGACACUAAGGAAGUAAAAAUAGCCAGGGCAAAAGUUAGUUUUCUUGGUACUGUACGUUUUGCAUCACGAGCAUGCCAUAAAUGUUUAGAACAAGGACGCAAGGAUGAUUUAGAGUCUUGGAUAUUUAUGGUUUUCGAACUUUUCGAUGAUGCGCAUGGUCUACCAUGGAAACGUGCUCCUAGAAAUAAAGUUGUUCCACUCAAGGAAAAAUUUUUCAAAAAUCAAAUACCAAGAUGUUAUAAAGUAGUUCCCGCCGACUUUAAGCGGAUUGUGACCUAUAUUGAUGAAAUGAGAUAUGCAGAUGAACCGGAUUACGUCUACAUAACAAACUCUUUGAAUGCUAUAGCUAAAGAAAAUAAAAUAGAUUUGCGUAGGAAACUGGAUUGGAUUGGAGUCGUGCCAAAACCGGUCAAGAAAAGACGGCAAAAAGAGGAGGUAUCUUCCGACAAUCGACAAUCAGGUUCAGAAUCAGAUUGAAGCGCAAAUUAAUAUUAUGUCUCAAAAUGAGUCAUUUUCGAACAGACAGCAAUCGUAAUUAUUGGCUGAGUGAGGCUUGUUCAAGUUAUUGUCGCCGAGUCUCACUACAUUCUCUUCAAUGUAGACAGUUUAAACAUUAGUAUUGCUUUUUAUUAUAUUUGAAUAAAUGCUGGUGGU